AUGGCUUCAGCCCGCGCGAAGUUGGCCGAGCUCCGCGCCCUCCGUGCGGCCGGAAAGAAGCGUCUCUCCACAUACGAAGUCGAAGAACAGGGCGACAUCUACGAAGAAGUUGACGACGAGGGGUACAAGAAAGUCAUCCGCAACCGACUUGACGAAGACGAUUUUGUUGUUGACGAUAAUGGCGAGGGAUACGCGGACGACGGCCGAGAGGUCUGGAACGAACAAACGGGCCAGUACAGCGACGAGAGCGACGACGACGGGUUACCGGCCAGAGGGAAAGCUGCGAAACGCAAGCGCGAGGAGGAGAAGCAGCGGAAGGAGAAAAUCAAUAAUGGCAUCUCGAAAUACUUUAAUAGUGGAGCUGCGGCGCCGGCUCCGAAACCCAAGCCGGUCGCUACGGCUGAGGAUGAUGCCUUCCUUCAAGACCUGCUAGGCGAGGUCGACACCAAUGUGGUCUCGAACAAGGUCCCUAAGCACAACGUUGUCAAGUCGGAAACACGCCGCAAAGUCCGCAUCCUUUCUCCUCCGCUCUCUGAAAAGCCGCGCGCACCGAAGCCUGCGAUCAAAGAUGAGAACAGCGAUCCUGUUUCUCCGAUUGCUGACGAGCCGACUCCGAACUUUGAUACCGACGAUGGGCCCCUUGUCGCAGACGACGAUGUCCAGAUGAGCGACCCGAUGCCGUCUUCUCCAGUUACAAAGGCAGUUGAGAGAAGGAAUAUAGUCCCUAUAAAGGAAGAACCUGAAGAUGAGGACGAUGACAUGAUGGAGGUUGUUCAAGCCACCGGGCACCACGAAGCCAAGGCGCCGAGUGUCAACAUUUCCGGCAGCCGGCCGCCGCCCAAGAUCAAGAAGCAGCCCAGUGCGGUCCCUGCCAGUUCUUCUCCAGUGAAGUCAGCAGCAGAUGUAAACGCCUCCUGGAACGAUGUGCGCAACAAACUGAACGUGCUUAACAGCCCGGCGUCAGCUGAGCCUCGUGCUUUUGGCAAGUUACGGCCUCAGGAUGUGGCCGAACAAGACGGGAGCCUACGCUUCUUCUGGCUCGACUAUACAGAGAUCAAUGGUAGUCUGUGCUUGUUUGGGAAGGUGAAGAACAAGCAGAACGGCUCAUAUGCUAGCGCGUUUGUCAAGAUCGACAGCAUCCUCCGGAAGCUUUACUUCCUUCCGCGCGAGCAUAGGCAUAAGGGCGGCCGGACGACAGACGAAGAGGUGGACAUGGAAGACGUGUACCACGAAGUCGAUCAAAUGAUGUCGAGGCUAAAGGUGGGCAUGCACAAGAUCAAGGAGUGCACCCGCAAGUAUGCCUUCGAAAUGCCGGGAAUCCCUAAAGAAACAGAGUACCUGAAGCUACUUUAUCCUUAUGACAAGCCAGCGCUGCCCAUGGACACCAAGGGAGAAACCUUUUCUCAUGUCUUCGGCACAAACACGUCAUUGUUCGAGCAAUUCGUCCUCUGGAAGAAUAUCAUGGGACCAUGCUGGCUCAAAAUCGAAGAAGCUGAUUUCGCCGCCGUCAACAAUGCCUCCUGGUGCAAGUUCGAAUGUCAGACCUCGAAGCCGGCCCUUAUCACCCCGGUCCCUGACAGUGAGGACCUCGACCCGCCGACUCUCACUCUGAUCAGCCUUGCUUUCCGAACGCAGCUCAACGUGAAAGAGAAUAAGCAGGAGAUCUUGGUUGCCAGCGCUCGUGUUUACGAGAAUGUCUCCAUUACCGAAACUACUGCCCCGGAGAAGCUUCCAUGCAAGACCUUUACUGUGAUGCGGCCGGCUGGUUCCUCGUAUCCUGUGAACUUUGAGGCAGAAGUUCGGAAGCAACGGGGUACGUACAUGCUAGAGAAGAGCGAACAAAUGCUGCUCAGCAAAUUCCUGGCUCUGUUUGAGAGGAUGGAUCCGGAUGUUCUCAUGGGACAUCAACUCCAGGAAGUCGACCUUAGCAUCUUGCUGAGCAGACUGAAAGAAAAGAAGACCCCAGGGUGGCACCGCCUUGGACGACUUAAGCGUGGAGAGUGGCCCAAGAACUUCAACAGGGGUGGCGGUUUCUUCACUGAGCGACACCUGGUAGCUGGAAGAAUGGUUUGCGAUUUGGCUAACGAUAUGGGCAAGUCGCUCAUGAUGAAAUGUCAAUCGUGGAGUCUGACAGAAAUGUGCGACCUUUACCUGGGGACUGGCAAUGGGCGACAAGAUUUGGAUAUCGAGGCGGCUCUGAAGACUUGGGCAACCUCCAAGGACGGACUUGUCAACUUUGUCACUCACUGCGACACGGAUACCUACUUCAUUGCCGCUUUGGUCCUGCGACUUCAGAUGCUGUCCCUGACCAAAGUGCUCACGAACAUUGCUGGCAAUUCCUGGGCCCGAACGCUGAGUGGUACUCGCGCCGAGCGUAACGAGUAUAUUCUGCUUCACGAAUUCCACAAAAACAAGUACAUCUGCCCCGACAAGUAUUCGUCUAAGCUGCAGAAGGCGGAAGAGAAGGCCCAAGAAGGAGACGAUGAUGACGCGGGGGAUAAGAAGAAAAAGGACAAGUACAAGGGUGGUCUCGUUUUCGAGCCCGAAAGAGGUCUUUAUGACAGAUAUGUGCUUGUCAUGGACUUCAACAGUUUGUACCCCAGUAUCAUCCAAGAGUACAAUAUUUGCUUCACGACAGUGGAUCGAACAUCCUCGGCCGAGAAUGAGAACGAAGAGAAGGUGCCAGAGGUCCCCGCUUCCGAUGCGGAGCAAGGCAUCCUACCUCGUCUUAUCGCAACUCUUGUCGGCCGUCGAAAACAAGUCAAGAGUCUGAUGAAGGACAAAAACGCAACUCCAGAACAGCUCGCCACAUGGGACACAAGGCAGCUGGCCUUCAAGCUUACCGCCAACUCCAUGUACGGAUGUCUCGGAUACACGCAGAGUCGCUUCUAUGCUCGUCCGCUGGCCAUGCUCACCACCUUCAAAGGUCGUGAGAUUCUAAGAAGCACCAAGGAACUAGUGGAAAGCAAGCAGCUGAGGGUCAUCUACGGUGAUACCGACUCCGUCAUGAUCAACACCAACAUGGACACUAUCAGCGAUGCACUGAAGGUUGGACAGGAGCUGAAGGAGGCCGUGAACGAGCGGUAUAAGCUUUUGGAGAUUGAUAUUGAUAACAUCUUCCGGCGUCUCCUGCUACACGCUAAGAAGAAGUAUGCUGCUAUCAACAUGACCGAAGUCGAUGGGAAAUACGUCGACAAGCUUGAGGUCAAGGGCCUCGACAUGAAGAGACGUGAGUACUGUGCGCUGUCGAAGGAGGCUUCGCAGCGGCUCUUGAACGAGGUCCUCUCCGGCGAGGACCAAGAGCUUGUCCUGAAUCGUGUCCACGAUUACUUGCGGGAGCUGGCCGAAAAGAUGAGAGAGUUCACAGUUCCUGUCCAGAAAUACGUGAUCUACACGAAACUGUCCAAACGUCCAGAAGAAUAUCCCAACAAGGAAACCAUGCCUCCAGCUCAAGUUGCUCUGCGAGAACUAGCCCGCGGCAAAACUGUCCGACCAAACGACGUUAUCUCCUACAUCGUCACGUCCGGCGACUCAGAAACAUCCUCCCUCCCUCCAGCCAAACGCUCCUACACCCUCCAAGACGUCAUCAAGCCUGACUCUGGUCUUAAACCUGACAUCGAAUUCUACCUUCUCAAACAAAUCUUCCCGCCCAUCGAACGUCUCUGCGCCCCCAUCCCCGGCACCGACGCCGUUCGCCUAGCUGAAUGUCUCGGCCUCGAUGUGCGCAAAUACCAAAUCAACACCUCCUCCACCAACACCGCCCAAAACACCGAGAUCUUCCCGCUGGAGUCCCAAAUCCCCGACUCCGUCCGCUUCGAAUCAGCCGCCCGCCUCACCCUCACCUGCCGCCACUGCAGGGAACGCUCUGUCUUCGAGGGCCUCGCAACUUCAAUCCACAUGUGCAAGCCGACGGGAAUAAUCUGCCCCAACCCGUCCUGCACAAAACCCUUCUCAACCCUCACAAUCAUAGCCCAACUCGAAAGCCAGAUCCGCGCUCAAACCUCCCGCUACUACGAGGGCUGGCUCGUCUGCGACGAGUCCACCUGCGGGAAUCGCACGCGCCAGAUCAGCGUGUACGGGCACCGCUGUCUUGGACCGCGCGGUCAGGCAGAGGGGUGUCUCGGCCGCAUGGGCUACGAGUACACCGAGAAGCAGAUGUACAACCAGCUGCUGUACUUUGCGUCGCUGUGGGAUGUGGAUAAGGCGCGCGCGGCGGCGGAGAAGGAGAGCGGGGAGAAGAAGGAUAGUGUUGCGGCGCUGGUGGAGUUUAAUCGUGUGCGCUUUGGGACGGUGAAGGGUGUUGUGGAUGCUUAUUUGAGGAAGUGUGGACGGCAGUGGGUUGAGAUGGAUGGGUUGUUUAGGUUUAUGUUGGCUUAG